CGCCACGGACACAUCGGAGCGCGCAGAAGUCACGGACGAGCCUGCGUGUCUGGAUAACGGAUAUAUCACAGGGUUCAUUUUUCAGAACGGGAUUAACGGACACGGUGACGUUUCAUGCGUUAACGGAGGAGCUCCAGUAAAGCAGCCGAACCUUCCUGUUGGUUCUGGAAAGAGACUCGGAGAAAGUUUUGUAUAGCGUGGACGCGUCUGUGAUUCAGAGGGAUUGUCGGUAUUAUGAUGGAUCGCUUCGGGUUUGUGCUCGUCGCGGCUGUGUUCGGGUUCGUGCACGCGUUCGGGGACGAGGAGGAGAUGACCUGCGACCCGAUCCGUAUCUCCAUGUGUCAGGAUCUGGGAUACAAUGUGACCAAGAUGCCGAACCUGGUGGGAAACGUGCUGCAGUCCGACGCCGAACUCCAGCUCACCACAUUCACACCGCUGAUACAGUACGGCUGCUCGAGCCAGCUGAAGUUCUUCUUGUGCUCAGUCUACGUUCCCAUGUGCACCGAGAAGGUUCCCAUCCCGAUCGGGCCGUGCGGAAGCAUGUGCAUGUCCGUCAAGAGGAAGUGUCUUCCGGUCCUGCAGGAGUUCGGAUUCGUGUGGCCGGAUCUUCUUAACUGCAGUCUGUUUCCGCCCACCAACGACCAGAAUCACAUGUGCAUGGAGGGUCCGGGCGACGAGGACCCACCCUUCCACGCUGUCCGGCCUCUAGCUCCGCAGGAGGAGGAGUGCGUGACGCUGGGCGCCGGCGUGGAGCAGUACGCGUGGGUGAAACGCAGCGGCAGCUGUUCGUUGCAGUGCGGAUAUGACACGGGACUGUACCGCCGCCAGGCCAAAGUCUUCACGGACGUUUGGAUGGCGGUGUGGGCGGUGCUCUGCUUCAUCUCCACCACGUUCACCGUUCUGACCUUCCUGGUGGACUCAUCGCGCUUCUCCUACCCCGAGCGGCCCAUCAUCUUCCUCAGCAUGUGCUACAACAUCUACAGCGUGGCCUUCAUCGUGCGGCUGACUGUGGGACGCGAGCGCAUCUCCUGCGACCUGGAGGAGGCGGCCGUGCCGGUUCUGGUGCAGGAGGGACUGAAGAGCACGGGCUGCGCCAUCGUCUUCCUCCUGUCGUAUUUCUUCGGUAUGGCGAGCUCCAUCUGGUGGGUGAUCCUGACGCUGACGUGGUUCCUGGCAGCGGGUCUCAAGUGGGGUCACGAGGCCAUCGAGAUGCACAGCUCGUAUUUCCACAUCGCGGCGUGGGCCAUUCCUGCCGUUAAAACCAUUGUCAUCCUCAUCAUGCGGCUGGUGGACGCCGACGACCUCACUGGGAUGUGCUACGUGGGGAACCAGAACCUGGACGCGCUCACCGGGUUCGUCGUGGCGCCGCUUUUCACCUACCUGGUGAUUGGAACGUUGUUCAUUGCCGCCGGUCUGGUGGCGCUGUUUAAGAUCCGCUCCAACCUGCAGAAGGACGGAACGAAGACGGACAAGUUAGAACGGUUGAUGGUGAAGAUCGGCGUGUUCUCCGUGCUCUACACGGUGCCGGCCACGUGCGUCAUCGCAUGCUAUUUCUACGAGAUCUCCAACUGGGCGGACUUUCGGCAGUCGGCGCGCGAUUCCUACAUGGCGGCGGAGAUGCUGCGUAUGUUCAUGUCUCUGCUGGUGGGCAUCACUUCGGGGAUGUGGGUGUGGUCGGCCAAAACGCUUCACACGUGGCAGCGGUGUUCUCAUCGACUCAUUCACAGUGGACGAAACGGCCGCGUCAAACGGACGACCAAUGGUUGGGUCAAACCGGGCAAAGGCAACGAGACGGUCGUGUGAAAAGAAAGAGGGAGAAAGAUGGAGGGAAUGGAACGCCUCAGGGAACGACGCAGGAUGGAGAAAACUGAGACGAGCACGCCACCAUGUGGACAUGUCAUGUAACUGCACCGCUCUCUCCCUCUCACAGAGUUCAUGUAGCACUAAUUGACGUCGUCUUCAUACUUUUUGACACGAAAUGUUCUUAAGUUGAUUGUACACUGGACAGUCCUGGUGCAGCAGGGAUGCAGUUUUUCUGUGUAAAUACAAUAUUCAGUGAUUUGUGCACUACGGCUAACGUCAAUUCUCACUGAAGUGCCUUAGUUUCAGAGGAAACGUGCUAGCUACUCAACCAAACCUGGUGCUACGUUCUUACUGUGGUAUCUGUGUGAGGUUUACCGCGGUAAAGCACCUCAGCCAUCAGAGACAUUUACCUCACGGCUGCUUGCUCCGCUUCUCCCGUCACUUACAAUAAUAUCUGUGUUAUAAUCCCACAACCUUUCAAUGCUGCGUUCACGUCAACUUUUGAAAAGACCGUACGUUUGAGAUUCUGCUUGAAAGGGAUAGCUCACCCAACCAUAUUUUCAUCAUUCCAAACGUGUGUGACUUUCUUUUUUCUGCAGUAAAUAAAAGAAGAUGUUUGAGGAAUGUUGGUCACCACAACAUUGAUUUUCAUUGUAUGAACACAAACCACUGAGACAUUUCUCAAAAUAUCUUCUUUUGUGUUGAACUGAAGAAAGAGUCAGGUAUACAGUCGAUUUUGAAUGACAUGAGGGUGAACAAAUGACGACAGAUAUUUUUUAGGUGGACUGUCCCUUUAAAGCUGCUGUAAUUCUGGUUGUUUUUAUGUUAAGAAUAUAAAUUAGCACAGAUGUGAAUUAGUCAAAGACUUGAGUAAUUAUGGUAUUUCCAUUUUGACGUGAGCGAUUUGUAAAUGCUUAUGUUUAGGUUUCAGAACAAAAGUACAUCUUGAAUAUUUGGUUACUGUCUGAUUUUGAUAUGACAAAGCUCUGAUGUUGUCCAUGUGAAGACACGUUUUCCCUCAAAUGACUGAAUAUGAUGUGACAAUCACUGACGGUGCUCUCGGGAGCGCUGAAUGUAUUCACUGUUUCUGCCUUUUGUAAAAGUGCCUCAGAUUCACGCGGGUGGUACACGCAGUCCUGGAUUUCAUGAAGAACCUCCAGAUCCAUUUGUACAUAAACCGGUGUUUGUAGCUGUUUUAAUAUUUGUCAUUUUUGUCUUAUGAAAUGCUAAUUUAUCUUUGUAAAAACUAAAAAUGUAUGAACAAAAAUUUAUUUAAGGAGGCUUUUGUAUCAGAUGGAGAAAUUAAAUGUUGAAAAUGAUCUUGGAGUCU